UAGGGCUUUCUUAGAAUGUAUAAAGUGAAAGUAGACCUAAAUAUAAAUAUUAGUUCCCUGUCAUUAUCUGACAUUUGAUUUUUGUUCUGUGCAUGUUAAUGGAAUAUACAGCCUCAAAAUGGCUGAAAACAAGUACACAAAGCGAAGAUCGGAGUUGAAGAAGAAUCUGUACAAGCUACUAAAGGAGCGAGAGCCUGAUGGAAUCCCCAAGGCACACCUGUGGAAUACCUACAGCAGUAAGGUGGAAAAGAUCAGUGCCGAGUUUUAUAACGUCAAAAAGAUGCACAAAUUCUUGGAGGUGUUUGAUGACAUGAUUAAAGAGGUGAUGGUCAGGGGGCGACCCACAAUUCAGCUGAAAGAUGGGUACAAGCCCGAGGGAGAGAAACCCUCGGAAGUACAGAUAGACAGGGUAUCAUCGUCCGAGUCAGAGGAAGUAUCCACACAGGGGAAAGAGAAGGUUCUACAAAAGGCAGUGAAGCCAGUGGGUAGCAAUAAAGAGAGGGAAAGCAGUGGAGAGAGGGCAAACACUCAAAAAGAAUCACCUAGGGAAGAGGUAGUGUAUCAGAGAUCAACAGCUAGCCCCAGCACACCUGUGAUACCUGUUCUACAUCAGCCGUUUGUGCCAUUUCCUUCCUCCACUCUGAUUCGUCCACUGAUGGGGAUUCCAACAGGUUUCCCUAUCCCGACUGGUCCACGGUCACUAACAGGGCUGCCUUUGUGUGCCCCACCGCUGAUGAUGCCACAGCAACUCAGACAGGGGGCUAUAGCGAGACCAGUGCAAGACUCGCUAGAGUCCAGCAUCACUGAUGCAGUGAGUGAGUUCCUGUCUAAGGCCAGAAAGGAAAGCACUGUGGCCACCACCGGCAAAUUCCCAGAUAAUCCUUGCGUAGUGUCAUCUGGUUCUAGUAGUGAGUCAGAAAGUAGUGAGUCAGAAAGUGACAGUGAAGUGGAAGAAACAAAACCAAGCAAGAUAGUAGAUGAACAUAAAAUGAAGAUAGAGGAGACAAGAAGGAAAGUGAAGGAGAAUGUAGUGGCAUUGUUAGUCCUUCAUCCAAAAGGUAUUAAAAAAUCAGAGAUCUGGCAAUGCUAUCAAAAUAGAUUUUUUAGUUUGCCAAACAAAAAUCAAGUUGGACUAACCAAGCUCAGCAAUGUGUUAGAUCUCUUCGAUGAUGUUAUGGAAGAAUAUCAGGAUGAACAUGGGAUCCAUUACAUGAGGCUAAAAAAGAAAGCACAAAGAAAGGUCUCUGAUUCCUCAGACAGGAGCACACCAGUGAUUGAUCUAACAAAAGAUGAACCAUCCACUAGUCGUAGGAACCUGGUGAAUCUCACCCAGGACCAAAGUCCUUCUGGCUUCAUCCCUCUCUCAUCCUCCAAGUCUACACACCCUGGUGACCUUCAGAUGACACCUGCUGAUGGUCAGCCCAUGAUACAGAAGACUCCUGCAUUUCUCCUGCCUACUUCUCAAUCCAUAGGAUUUUUCCAGCCUACUCCUCAGUCCCAAGCAGGAUUUAUCCAGCCUACUUCUCAAUCUCAGGAUUCCUUGCUUAGAGUAGGCCAACUGGUGAUCAGACCAGUCAGUCUCAGAAAGUUUGAACCAAAAGAGACACAUCUACCGAGGAUCUGGAGCAAAGAUAAAUAUGGCAGGUUCUCACAGGAUCAGAUUCAGAUGGUCGCAAAGGAGUGCAUAGAAGCACUAGCAGAAGCAGACGAACAUGUCAGCGUGGAGAGAGUGGAAAAUCUGAUGCUGCAGAGAUUUGGUAAGAGGAAUAUUGCUGAAUUAGGCCACUGGCGUAAUGCUCAACAGAUACCUUGUCUUUUUGAACACAACAGAAUGAUCUGCAAGGUCAAUGCUUAUGUACAGGCCUAUAUGAACACUCACUCGAUUUGUACACUACAUGAAUUGAAGUUAUGUAUGGCUGAAUUUGCUCCAGACAAAGAUAGUUUUGAAGCUUUGCAAAUUGGCCCCUUGCAAAGGCUGCCCAUAAUUUACAACCACUUCAAAUUCCCCCAUGAUAUGGCUGAUAUUCCAGAAAUUACAACCUCUGAUAUUUUUGAAAACUUGAGAAACUACUUGAACAAGUAUCAAAAGUGGAGCACCAAACUGGAGUUGGAACACUUCAUGGAAUAUUUGGUGGAGACGUAUCAUGUGGAAAACGCCUAUGUGUUAGGAAUCCGAAUCCGUAGUCUGCCUUUGGCCAUGCAGGUUUUGAAAAAGUCCCAGCGAGAUGCAGGUGGAACACGCAGAAAAGUGACAGAAGACACGAAAGAAGCACUGAAGCAAGAGAUAGAGCAGGCAUUCCACCGGUUCAGAGCAGCACUGCUAUCAAAAAGAGGCGAUGGACAUGGGCAGAUUAGGGAUCACUACCUACAGUUAAGUCCUACCAAGGUUUUGACAGAGAUUUUUGACAAGUACCGCCUGUUGUGUAACUCUGUUGAAAUCCCAGCAAACAAACAGGAGAGAAGAAAUCUCAACAAGUUUGUGGAAGCAGUCAACAAUUUCCUUCAGGUGGUGACUAGUGAGAGCUUUGGUCGAACCCUUUUUCACAUUGCGCUCUGUAUCAGUAAAACGGAGGUUGAUGCUAUACAUAGACAGUUCUUGACAGAAGCCACUAAGCCAAAGGAAGUUCCUGUUACAGUGUCAAAGAAACCACCUCCUACCAAAGAUUCUGUGGUGAAACUGCUCAAAACUUACCUUGACAGAUGCCAGAAUCAUGGGGCUCUAACACUGAAAAGUUUAGACCAUAUUGAGGAGAGAAUCACUGAGCAUUUUGAUUUUGAGUCUUUUAUGGCAAUGGGAUUUGGACGAUUCAUUGAGUUUCUUCUGAAGGAAGCCAAACAGGAGCUUGAUGAUUGUGGGGGAACGAGUUUAGGGUCAGGAGGUCACAGCGAGGUGGCAGGGGGAUUUCUCCCUACACUAACUCACAUUCUAGAGUUUGUUCACCAGUGUAGACAGUGCAACUUUUCUCAGGAGGAACAAAUACAGCAAGCGAUUUGUCACCAGUUUUCUGUGAAUGAGGUCAAACAAUUGGGCCACGGAACGACCUCUCGUCUGAUUGGCCUGGCUGAUCGCCCAGGGAAGCAUGUCUCCAACCACCACUGUGUGAUGUAUGAGGCAGCAGUACUUCCUCCAGAAGGUUUUGAGGUGAAAGGUCAGACUGGAAUUCUGGGACACCAGACAAAGGAAGCAGCCUUGGCAUGUCUGGAGAACUGCCCACUGCUGGAGAACAUGGCGGAAUGGAGUCAGUGGACCCUAGUGUUUGAACCUCAGCUGGGAAAGUUACGAGACUUUAUCCAAAAGUAUGGAGAGUGCCAAACCUGGCCAUUAGAGGGUGGAAAUAAGAUCAUGAAGACAGACUUUAUUGCUCUGGAGAGCUCUCCUGGUCAGUUCCUGAGGCUCAUCAGUUCGUCGUCCCCAGAGAAGUUCAAUGCUGCCCUACAGAGGAGAAGCCCCCGUGAGGUCGGUGGACACCUGAUGUCCUUGGUGGUCGGAAGUAAGGGAGUGGAAAACACACCCAGAGCUCUGCUGGCCAGUCACAUCAAGGAGGAGUUGUUCAAACUGCAUGGCGAGGCUUCUGUUGACAGAACACCAGGGGCACCUGCUAGCUUUCAGCAUGGAGAGGCUGUUGUAAAAUUUGUGCUAGACUGUCUCCUAGUUCUCCCAGUAAAAAGCUGCUCAGUUCUGGCUAACCAGAUGUUCCUUGAUCCUUUGGGUCAGGUAGUAGGACAAUCUAAAUCCAAGACCCUCCUGCUCCAGUCCUGUACGACUGAGAGCCAGGUAAGCCAGCUCCAGAAGCUUGGCUGUAUGCUGGGCGUGGCUGAGUGGACCAAUAGUAUUCAGGCCAGGUGUAGACCAAGCCACGCCUCCCUAGAGGAAGUGGACUCCGAGAUUGCUGAUGAGUUCUUCAGAGAUGAUCCUGAGCCAAUAGAUGACAGUGAAGAUGAAGAAGAUUCCGCCUCCACGUCCUACCUGUCAGAUGUGGAAGUAGAAACAGAAGUCAAAGGUCAGGUGGAAGAGGAGGAGCUCAUUGUUGUGGAUGAGAGUACAGAGAUUGAGAUGGAAGAGGGAGACGUAACAGGAGACAAACAGAAAAAAGAGGUCACCAUUGAUCUGACAGUAAAGUCUGAGGAUAAUGUUAUUGAUCUCUUGUCUCCGGAACCCAAACCAGAGGCGAUGUCCAUGGAAACAGAUGCAGAGAAGACAUGCCGGGGAAUCGUGGAGCAGAUUAGACGUGAAGAGUUUGGAAUUGGAGUGGAACUUAAUGAAGAUGGACAGCGAUUGAUGAGAGUCCAACAGGAGAGACUAGGUCGAAGUCUGGACAGACUGUCCAAGGACCUCUACAGCAAGGAUACCCACUUUGUGUUAGAGUUGAUCCAGAAUGCUGAUGACAACUCUUACCCUGACAGUCUUGGGGAGGAUGAGUGUCCCUCCGUACAGUUUAUCAUGCGGCCUGAGGGUGUGGUGGUUCUCAACAACGAGACAGGAUUUGCAGACAAGAACAUCCGGGCUCUUUGUGAUGUAGGAAGGAGUACCAAGGGAAAACACAAAGCAGGCUACAUAGGGCAGAAAGGCAUUGGGUUUAAGUCUGUAUUCCGAGUGACGGAUGAGCCAGAGAUCCACUCCAAUGGAUUCCACAUCAAGUUUGAUGUCCAUUCCGGACCCACUGGCUACAUUCUGCCCCAAUGGGUGGAGGAGGACGAGUGGAAAGAUGGGGAGGGCUGGACAACAAAAAUUGUGCUGCCAUUGAAGGAAUCCAUAAGAUCCCAGACAACGACCCUGGCUGCUAGGUUCAAUGACAUCCACCCAUCUCUGCUGCUGUUCUUAAAUCGUCUCAGAAAGAUUACCAUUGACAAUCGUGUAGAGAACUUUGUACAGAACAUUCACAGAAAAGACUAUGGUGAAAAUGUUGUGGAAAUUACACAUGAUGAUAAAAUGGACAGAUGGCUAGUGGUCAAGAAAAGUUUGGAUGCCUCCAAAAUUUCCCUACAGGCCAAGUCUGGGGUGGAGGUAGAGUCUACAGAGAUCGCCCUAGCCUUCCCACUGCGACCUCCAGGGCAAAAGAAAGACAGCAAGUUUGUUCCACCCAAACAACCUGUGUUUGCUUUCCUUCCUUUGAGGAGUUAUGGAUUCCGAUUCAUUGUCCAAGGUGAUUUUGAUGUUCCGUCCAGUCGUGAGGAUGUGGAUAGGGACAGUUCUUGGAACCAGUGGCUUCGUAAUGAAAUCCACAUCCUGUUCUUGGAGGCCUUGGAAAUAUUCAAAUCUCAUGCUGACUUCUCCAACAUGGAAGCUGUAACCUCCUUCCUGCAGUUUGUUCCAGUAGAGGAUGAGAUUAUAGAUUUCUUCAGGCCAGUAGCAAAUCAGAUUCUUCAAAAGUUACGGGCAAAACCAUGUGUCCCUACACAGCCCAACAGCAAAGGCCAGUGUGCUUGGAAGAUCCCUUCCCAGAUGGUGAGGGUCAAGGACCCUCUUGUCCUUGAGGUUGUGACCCCUGACCUCUUGAAGGACACACUGAAUCUGUUCUACCUCCAUCGGGAUGUAGCAGCUACAUUGAAUUCGAGUCUGACCCACAGUCUGGGUAUAGAGUCUCUGAACACGGAGCACCUGCUACUAAUUGGGAAAUCCCUCUCUCUGCAGUGGGCAGCCACCGAUGGAAGAGACAAAGACAGUGACAUACUGAUGACAGCUAAGUGGCUUGCCUGUGUAUACAGAAGUCUGAACGAGUUUACAGAUAACCAACCAGUGUAUGACAAACUGAAGGCCCUCAAGAUCAUCCCUCUGGCUACGUACCAAAGACAGUGCACGGCAGACAGCACCAUCUUCUUCCCUCUGUCUGAAAACACAGAACUGUCCUACAAUGAUCCAAUGUCAGUGCUCCAGCAGGAUUUGAACACAAUCCACCCCCUGCUGGUGUCGUCCGCUGACAGUGAGGUGAACUCCCAGGUUCAGAAGCUGCUACUGAAGAUAGGGGUGUGUCAGCUGUCACCCAGGGAGGUCAUCAGUCACCACAUCCUGCCAAUCCUCAAGUCAAACAAGGUCAAGGAAAAGAGUGAGAACAUCCUGAUUAGUUACAUAGUGUACAUCAAAGAACAGACAGAGCGCGACCCCUCACUUGUUAAUAUGGAGGAGUUAGGGAUGUCGGCCAUGUUGAAAACUAACAAAGGGCUACAGAAUCCUUUCAAAGUCCCCAUCCAUUUCACUCCAGAAUACAAGAACAGCAUCAAUUUACAAGCUGUGCUUCCAGGAUAUUAUUGGGUAUUACUGGACCCAGUUUAUCUCAGGAACAAGAAAAAUCCAGUGGAGAUUCAGAGAUGGCGACAGUUCUUUUCAAAGAUAGGGUUGACAGACUUCAUAUCACUAAAACAAGUCAAUGUGGAGAUCUCCAAUGAAACCAUUGGCACUACUUCAUGGGCCCCUCUGAAGGAAAUCCUUGGAACAAUUCCCAAAGGAAGCUACAUAAAAGACUGGUCCUCGUCAGAACUGGUGGACCUAAUCCAGAACAACAGCCAGCUGACGUCCUACCCCCAACAGAUGAGGACCCUGUGUGUUCUGUUGGCUGAGGAAUGGGACAGGUGCUUCAGCCGAUAUAUUUCCACUGACAUGUGUACAGAGUCAGGAGGUCACCUGAAAGAUGUGGACUCUUCUUUCAGCUUGCUCCUUAGAACUGCUAGUUGGGUGCCAGGCACCCAGACCUGUGUUACAGUUGAGAAUGAAGAAAUUCAUGUGACAGAGAAGGUGGUAAUGAUGCAGCCAUCCUGUUUGUAUGCCCCUGUGAAAGACAUCAUUGACCUGCUGUCUUAUUUUGUGAUCUACAUUGGUGUGCAGAUUCCUUCAAAGAGCUCUUUUGGACAGUUUUUAAGGAUAAAGUAUUCUGUUGAGCUACAUGACCUGAAGAAGUUUUUGAAAGAAUGGGGCAACAGGGAUUCUGAGCUUACACCAAAGUUAUUUGUAACCUCCAGACAACACAUUAGUGGGGUGUACCUCUAUCUUCGAGGUAAUCUACCCCCAAAUGAAACCCACGAGCUGUUUCUUGAUCACCCAGUCAUCUUUGUGCCAGAAGAUAAAGCCCUGCCUGUGAGAUUUGCCGCUGGUUCUGUGAAUCGCUCACUAGGAGAUCUCCAGGCUGGGAGGAUGUUGAGUAAGAAAGAGGUCUGGUGGUUUGAUCCAACAGGCCUGAUAAUGAAACACAGCGAUAUCAUUCAAGACUUGCACUCAGAUCUGUCCAAGAAAGCCAUCCUCUUUGACACCUAUGGACAAGAGCAUGAUCUCGAAGAUCUGUUUCAUACUGCCAUGCGUAUUGACAUGGAGCCCAGUUUGUCGGAGUAUGGGGAGUUGCUGGUUUUGAUGGGACAAGUUCUUAGUUUGACUGACAAGUCUGUAUUAUCAGAUGUCCUUGCUCUCUAUGUUACUAUUGGACGGAAACUUAGGCCUGAGAAUUCGUAUAUGCCUGCCAGUAACCCCCAGACAUGGAUGAAUAUCCUUGAGUUGCAAAUAAAGGCCUUGAGGAGUAAAUUUGAAGGUCAGAAGAUUCUUGCCACAACCAGCAAUAGAUGGGUUGGAAUUGAUGACCAUCCAAUGAUAGCAGACAACAGGGAACUGGAGAAAAUGUUUGAGAAGAAGGACCGUGUCAACUUUGUAGUCCAGGAGGAUAGAACCCCCCAACCAAGGCGUGGAGGAAACACUGCCAUGUUAGACAGGAACUUGGGAGAGAAACUGAUGCCAUUUUAUGAGUUCUGUUCUGUGAAGAAGCUCACAGACUGCACAGAUGUUCUGGAAAUAACACAGAUGUUUUUGCCUUGCCCGGAACUUCAGCUGUACAUGCACAGGGCUGUUCCAGCCCUGCAGCAAUAUCUCUACAAGGACAAACCCAAUAUCUAUCAGGAACUGCAGAAGCAGCAUAUAUCCCAAAGACUGGCAGCCAUGCAAUUCUUCAAGGUAAAGUCUCUAGAAGUGAAAUAUUCUUUGAAGCACACCCCAGAUGUCUUUGUCAUUAGAAAUGAAAAGUGUGUGCUGAAAGAAAAUGUUUUCUACUUCCACAUUGAUCACAUCGAGUCCUAUCCAGACAUUAACAAAGAAAUUGCCAAGAUGUUUUCCAACUCAGAUCAAAAAUGCUGCAGGCAUAUUAGGUCUUUUCUAAAUGAGCUUAUAACAGCCCUCACUAAAGAACCCCACACUUUGGAGGAAGUGAUGGACCACAAUGAAUUUGAACCACUUCCAGAAGAUGAAGAGCCUUGGUUUGUCAAGCCUCCAGUAUUUCAGGUUCAGAAGUCUAUGGAGCCAGAAAUAGAAGAAGAAGAAGAUGUGGGUCCAGAUGACUCAGAACCUGUGGGGCAGAGACAGGUGUCACAGACAGAAGAGGGGGAGCCAUGCCUGAAAUCAUGGCCCCCGAUGUCCAACACCCAGGGCACUGCUCAGAACAGAGUACGAAGAGAAAGGGAGGAGAAGCCAACAGAAUCUAAGGUUUGGCCUCCACCUCAGGCCCCAGAUUACAUGAAGAGAGUAAAGGAACUACCAAGUCAGUUCAAGGUCACGGAUGAUGUAAAGCCCACUACUGGAGAUGAAAAUACAUCAAGGGGAGGUAAAUCUUCAGGGGAGGGAACAGUUGGUGGUGAGCUGACCAAAGGAGAAGUUUACGAUAGACAGGAGAGUUCCAAAGAAUCCCAGAAUGCAAUGGUCAGCAGGCAGGACAGUGAUGGAAAAGGGACGAAGAGGAAGAUAUCAGAGAAUGAUACAGAGUCAAAGGGAGAAAACAAGAGGCCAGUGUUGGAUGGAGAAGAAGCUUCAGGGAGUUCACACCAAGGUACAGCAUCACACGGUGGGAGUUCACACUCAACAGCAGACUCCGCCAGUGAAGGUGACAGGGUGAAAGGCGAUGCAAGGAGUCCCAAGGAAUGGACAGGCAAUGACAAAAAGCCUAACAUACAGGAGCAACGUGGGGAUGUGGGGAAUGGGGACAAGGAUAGGGACUCGGAAAAUCCAAGAUCUAGCGGAAAACGUAGACAUCCAACGGACAGCAGCCAGGGCUCUCCACGCAUGCCAGAGUCCAAGAGACUAUUGAUGGAUAAUCCUGCGUGGACUGAAAUGGCCAGUGAUUAUAUUUAUGAAGAAUUGGGUCAAGGUUCAAACCUUAAGGCCCCACCAGAAAUUUUACAAGAUCUAGACCAGGACGAGACAAGCUUGCAGGAAAUAGGUCGCUGGGGUGAGCAAAUGGUCUAUCAAUAUCUACUGCAACAGAAAGAAGCAGACCCUGACAUCGUGGAGGUGAAAUGGUGCAACAGGGAGAUUGAGAAAGGAGACCCCUACGACAUGGAAAUAUCCCGCAAAACAGACUCUGGUGUUGUUCAGACUUUCAUCGAGGUCAAGACGACUUUGACAGAUGACAAGGAUGUUUUUGAGAUUUCCUCCCAGCAGAUUCAGUUUGCCCAGGAACACCGGGAGAACUUCCACAUCUACAGGGUGUUCAAUGCAGGGGACCUGGAGCGCGUGCGAUUGGUGAGAAUCAACAAUAUCAGUCUCAGAAUGGACCAGAAACAGGUCCGGCUGUGGAUGAUGAUUUAGGGCGCAAACAAUGGCAUGCGGUUCUAAAAGAUGAGAUGGAGAUGAAAAAUGUUGGAGUCUUCAAUGCAGCUUUCUGUUCACUCACAAUGAAACAGACAAUGUUACCCAAAAAAACUGCAGCAGAAUUUCUUGUUUACCGUUAAUGAUUAGUUCUACAGAAGUGUUAUAUUGUUGUUUGCCCUUUAAUUAAAUUUUGAACGUAAUAAACUACAGCAGAACUAUAUGUUUACUGUUAGGUUUAACAAUCAUUUUUACCAUUUAGUAAGAUAAAAUAUAAUAAUUGCAGCAGAAUUAUAUGUUUACUGUUAAGUUUAGCUAAAUGACUUUUUUUUUUUAACCAUUUGGAAAGAUUAAUAUCAUGUAUCUUAAUGUGCAUCUUUAAAGUAACAAUGUCUAUGAAUUGCAUUGCAAGUAGAAAAUCAUUGACGCUGUAUCGUAUAAAUUGGGUGCAGCAAGCGGUACGUGAGAGGCAGCAUGUGGAUCAUGCAUAUGUGUUAUCAGUAUAAAUUUAUA